CAGACCUCUGAGUCUUGCAGCAACUAAAUUCCUUUUCUGUUUCCAAGAGCGGAUUUUUGCUAGGCGUAUUGGCUCCCGAAUAGACGAUAGAAGAUUUCUGCGAUUGAAUUCCCGUCAACUUUACGAGACCAUGAGACAUCACGGUGUUCGCGGCUGCUUAGGAGAAGAUGGAAUACAUGUGGAUAUGGAGCACCUUAAGAAGGGAGAAGUGAACCUUGGUACUUCGAUCAUGGCAAUAAAUUUCAAAGAUGGCGUCAUCCUCGGUGCAGACAGUCGAACGACAACAGGCGCCUACAUAGCCAACCGCGUCACCGACAAACUCACCCAAGUGCACGACACGAUCUGGUGUUGCCGAUCAGGCUCAGCAGCAGACACGCAAGCUGUAGCUGACAUCGUACGGUAUCAUCUGGGCAUGUACGGCGUUGUGUAUGACCAGCCCCCCACAACUCAAACUGCUGCAGCUCUGUUCCAAGAAUUAUGCUAUGACAACAAAGAUAUGUUAAGUGCCGGUAUAAUUAUCGCUGGAUACGACCACCGCCAUGGUGGUCAAGUCUACUCCAUUCCGCUCGGCGGCUCCCUCCACAAGCAGGCCUAUGCCAUUGGUGGAUCCGGCUCCACAUAUAUCUACGGCUACUGCGACGCGCACUGGCGAGAAGGUAUGACGGAGGAAGAGGGGAUCGAGUUCGUGAAGGGAGCAUUACAUGAAGCUAUCAAGUGGGAUGGAAGCUCCGGCGGCGUCAUCCGACUGGUGGUGUUAACAGCAAAAGGUGCCGUGAGACAUUUAUACCUUCCUGAUAAUGGAUAUAAAGGUCCCGGAGCACAGUAGUACGCUACAGUUGCCGAUUUAGUUUGGGAGUUCAUGGAUCUAUCUCUCGC